UGAAAUUCCACCAACCAAGAAAACACUUUCUUCAACUCAUGUCAUUUAUGUCACCCUCAACUUCCCCUUCUUUUUUCUAUUCCUGACAUACCCCUCAUCAUCUCUCUCUCUCUCUCUCUCUGCAACUCCCAAGUACAAAACCCCAACAUACAACAUACAAGCUCACAUAAAAAAGACUUGAGCUUUAUGCUUUCCACACUUUACACUUGAGUUGCUUUGUUCCACAUUUUCAUUCUUGUUUCUUUUCUUGGACUCUGCAAAACCAAACGGCAACAGUCCUUUCCACACUUCUUUAUUCUUAAAAUCUUUUCACUUCACUUAUAAAAGUUAGAAUCAAUAUGAAGUUUGUUGUACUCAAAAACUAAGCCUUUUGGGUUAUUUUUCUUCAUUUUCAGUGCUUCUUUUCAAAUGGGUAGUGUUUUUUUGUGCUUCAUUUUGGCUGUAACAUUGUUCUUUAGGCCAUUGUCUUGUCAACAAGAACCCAAUACAGAUGGGUACUUUGUGUUUGAUUUUUUCAACAAAAUGGGUGUAAAAACAUCUAAAGUUCACAACUUUUCAGCUUCUGUGUGUUCCUGGCAAGGUGUUGUUUGUGAUGAUAAUCAAGAAAAUGUGUACAAGUUAACAGCUUCUGGGUUGGGUUUAUCUGGUUCUAUUCCUGAAACUACUAUCGGUAAACUUAAAAAUCUUGAAUCUUUGGAUCUAAGCAAUAAUAAUAUCACUGCUUUGCCUUCUGAUUUUUGGAGCUUUGGUUCACUCAAGAUUUUGAAUCUUUCAUUUAAUCAGAUAUCCGGGGUUCUCCCAAACAAUGUAGGCAAUUUUGCUGGUCUUGAAAGAUUGGACCUUUCUUUCAACUAUUUUUCUGGGAAUAUUCCUGAAGCUGUUGAUUCUCUAGUCAAUUUGCAGGUUCUUGAUAUUAGUGAUAAUGGGUUUGAGUCCAGCAUUCCACAGGGAAUUACAAAGUGUCAUUCUUUGAUUUCGAUGGACUUCUCGAGAAAUCGGCUGAAUGGUACUCUUCCUGCUGGUUUUUCUGCUGCAUUUCCUGUGCUAAAGGUCUUGAAUUUGGCUGGGAAUCAGAUUCAUGGUGAAGGUUCAGAUUUGGCAGGGAUGGCAUCUAUCACAUUUGUCAACAUUUCGAAUAAUCUUUUUCAGGGUUCUGCAGUUGAUGUUUUUCAGGGGCCACUGGAGCUGAUUGAUUUGAGCAAUAAUCAAUUGCAAGGUCAUGUUUCUCAGGUAAAUUUCAGUUCAAGCUUCAAUUGGUCUAAUUUGGUUUAUCUUGACUUAUCUAUGAAUCAGCUUAGUGGAGUGGUUUUUGAUAACUUGAAACAUGCACAUAAUCUCAAACAUCUGAAUCUUGCGCACAAUAGAUUUUCGAAACAUAUGUUUCUGCAAACCGAUGUUCUUCCCAAUAUAGAGUAUAUGAACUUGUCCGAGACUAAUCUGAUUGGCCACAUUCCAAGUCAUAUAUUACAGUCCAGUGGUUUGAGAACUCUUGAUCUUUCCCAAAACCAUCUUAGUGGCAAGAUUCCAAAUUUAAGUACUCAAAGUCUCCAAAUGCUUGAUGUUUCAUACAACAAUUUAAGUGGAGAGAUUCCUUUAUCUCUGCUGAAGAAACUUUCUUGGAUGGAGGGAUACAACUUUUCGUACAACAAUUUUACCCUCUGUGCUUCUCAAUUUUCUUCUGAAACCCUCCAAUCAGCCUUCAUUGGGUCAGUAAACAGUUGUCCGAUUGCUGCAAAUCCAAGUCUUUUUAAAAGGAAAGUUCCAAGCCAUAAGGGGCUCAAGCUUGCUCUUGUAUUAGCACUAUCAAUGAUCUGUCUGUUAGCAGGGCUUCUGUUUAUGGCUUUUGGCUGCAGAAGAAAAACCAGAAUGUGGACAGUGAAACAAAGUUCUUAUAAAGAAGAUCAAAAUCUAUCAGGCCCGUUUUCAUUCCAGACCGAUUCCACCACUUGGGUAGCUGAUGUUAAGCAUGCAACAUCGGUCCCAGUAGUGAUAUUUGAGAAGCCACUGUUAAAUUAUACCUUCGCAGACCUCUUGUCUGCAACUUCAAACUUUGAUAGAGGUACAUUGUUGGCUGAUGGGAGGUUUGGACCUGUUUAUAGAGGAUUCUUACAGGGUGGGAUUCAUGUAGCUGUAAAAGUUUUAGUCCAUGGAUCCACAAUGACAGACCAUGAAGCUGCAAGAGAGCUUGAGUAUCUUGGUAGGAUCAAACACCCUAAUCUUGUUCCAUUGACCGGAUAUUGCUUGGCCGGGGAACAAAGGAUUGCUAUAUAUGAUUACAUGGAGAAUGGAAAUUUGCAGAAUUUUCUUUAUGAUCUUCCACUUGGGGUUCAAACAACAGAUGAUUGGAGUACAGACACUUGGGAAGAAGAUGAUAACAAUGGCAUUCAAAAUAUUGGACCUUCAGGGAUGUUUACAACAUGGAGGUUUAGGCACAAAAUUGCAGUUGGGACUGCAAGAGCAUUGGCAUUCCUCCACCAUGGCUGCUCUCCUCCUAUAAUUCACAGAGACGUUAAAGCUAGUAGUGUUUAUCUUGAUUUGAACUUGGAACCCCGAUUGUCUGAUUUUGGGUUAGCAAAGAUUUUCGGAAAUGGUCUGGAGGACGAGAUCACUCUUGGGUCACCAGGAUAUGUGCCACCAGAGUUUCUUAGGCCAGAAACUGGCUCUCCAAAAACAGCAACACCAAAAUCUGAUGUUUAUAGUUUUGGGAUUGUCCUCUUUGAGCUAAUGACUGGGAAAAAGCCCGUUGAAGAUGAAUAUCCAGAUAAAGAAAAGAAUUUGGUGAGUUGGGUUAGGGGAUUAGUCAAGAAAAACCAAGGUUCAAGAGCCAUCGAUCCAAAAAUCCGUGAAACAGGGUUAGAAUAUCAAAUGGAGGAGGCCUUAAAAAUUGGAUACUUAUGCACAGCUGAUAUUCCCACUAAGCGACCAAGUAUGCAGCAAGUUGUAGGACUUUUAAAGGAUAUCGAGCCUCUCACAAAUUAAUGAAGUCAUCACCCUCGGAGUUCUUUCAAUUCUUAUGGUACUCUGCUCUACAUUUUUUAAUAUUAGGGUCCUUUCUAUAUAUGGCUCUAAGAGUAGAUUAGAUUGUAUAGUGAUUUCUAGAUCCUAUUUUGGCAUGACUAAUUUUCACUUCUAGUAUGAUGUUUCUGGUAGUAGAAACUUUACCCUGGCCAUGGUUUUGAUCAUUGUUAUUCCCAGUUGUAAGCCAAAAGGCCAGAGAAAUGGCACACUCUUGUUUGCGUGCAUUCACCACGUCCAAAAAAAAGUCGAAAAGUUGCAGCAAGUAGUAUUUUCAAUUGAUUUUCUUCAAACUAGUAUUUCAUGCUA